CUAACGUUUCAACCGCGGAGAGCGUGUUGCAGCGAGCUGUCAACAUUUAAUUCAUAAACUACACCGUUAACAGGUUUACAUUGCGAUCUUUUCUGCCUCAGGCUUUCUCCUGGUAUAAUGGAGCGGAUGAGGUGUGGGCGUCACACCCAGUUGGGCGUGGCAUGAGACAGACACACACCCCGGGUGUCUCUUUUACCAUCCUGCACCCACCCCACCCCCACCAAAAUGGCCUCCAGCUACCCGCCCCCUUUCGAGGGCACAGGGGAGGUGAAGGAGGGCUUCCUGUGCCCGCUGUGCCUGAAGGACCUGCAGUCGUUCUACCAGCUCCAGGAACACUACGAGGAGGAGCACUCUGGGGAUGAUCGACAUGUCAGGGGACAACUCAAGAGUCUGGUCCAGAAGGCUAAGAAAGCCAAAGACAAGCUGCUGAAGAGGGAUGGCGAAGACAAGCCAGAGACGGGCAGUUAUGAGUCCUUCUACUACGGCGGAGUGGACCCUUACAUGUGGGAGCCUCAGGAGUUGGGAGCCACAAGAAAUCAUAUGGACUUUUUUAAGAAGCACAGAGCUGCCAGGAUUGACCACUACGUCAUCGAGGUCAACAAGCUCAUUAUCAGGCUGGAGAAACUGACAUCUUUUGACAGGAUGAACAUAGAUGCAGGCAAAAUUAGAGCAAUUGAGAAGUCUGUAGUGUCGUGGGUGAGCGACUCUGAUGUUCCAUUCUGUCCCGACUGCGGGAACAAGUUCAACCUUCGGAACAGGCGACACCACUGCCGCCUCUGUGGCUCCAUCAUGUGUAGGAAGUGCAUGGAGUUUGUGCCCCUGCCUUUGGCUUACAAGCUGACCAGUGGGACGCGGGAGGCCCGUAGUGUUACGGGCAGCCAGGGCCAAUCCCAGUCCCCUCCAACAGGGGGUGGCGGGGGCAACGUUAGCGGGAUGGGCUCCAGGAGGGGCAGCAUCAGCAGCCUGAGCAGCGUCACCUCAAUGCUGGAAGAGAAGGACGACGAGAGGAUCCGAUGCUGCCUCCACUGCAUGGACACCCUGAUGAAGAGACAGCAGAAACUGGAGGAGAAAGACUACGUGCCUGACAUCGUCAAGCUCUACGAGAGGCUGAGGCUGUGCAUGGACAAGGUGGAUGAGAGGGCUCCAGAGUACAUCAGAAUGGCUGAGUCUCUCAAUGCUGGAGAGACCACCUAUAACCUGGACACGGCUGGUGGACUGAGAAUGGAAGUCCAGAAAUACUACGAACUGAUCGAUGCACUGAGUAAGAAGAUCUUAACACUGGGAAUGAAGGAGGAGCCACAACCCCAUCCAAAGACUCUCCAGCUGCAGAGGAUGGUCAGAUACACAGCCACACUGUUUGUCCAGGAGAAGUUGCUGGGUCUGAUGUCUCUACCCACUAAGGACAAGUAUGAGGAACUAAAGGAGAAGAGGAAGCAGGAGCAGGAGAAGAGACUCACGCAGGAGAGACUGGCUGCCCAGGAGGUCCAAAAAAGGAGGCAGAACUCGGAGAAGAACCGCCCGGCCACCAACACCAAUGGGGAGGCCCCCAGGGCCCCCCGCAUGACCAAAGCUGGGGGAUGGCUGCCCUCUUCCGAUACCCUCCACACGGGCGGGGAGCUGGAGGACCCCCUGCUGCAGCAGAUAGACAACAUCCAGUCGUUCCUGCGGCAGGCCAAGGCCGCCCAGAGGCAUGACGAGGUGGCCAUGCUGGAGGACAACCUCAGGCAGCUGCAGGAUGAGUACGACCAGCAGCAGACCAGCUUGGCCAUCGCUCUGUCCCAGAGGCUGGCCCAGGAGGAGAGUCUACAGCAGGACGAGCUGCAGCGCCUGGAGGACAGAGAGAGGGGGGAGAGGGAGCACAGGGCCCAGAGCCAAGCCCCAGGAUCCCAGGCCACAUACACCUGGCAGGGCUCACUGAACCUAACCGAUAUAGGGAGCCUCCGUAGGGAGGAAGAGGGGGAGGAAGAGUUGACCCCUAAAGCAGAGAGCAGCCCCCCGUCCAUGAGGGCCUUCCCUGCCCUGACGGACCAGGAUGAGGAGUCACCCCCCCGGCUGAGGAGGCUGGGGGGAGAUGUGACGCCUCCUGGUGGCGAGGGACAGAACAGCUCCUCCCUCAACCCCUUUGAGGAGGAAGACUCCACCCCUGUGGAGGAUCCGUCCAAUCCGUUCUUCGAGGAGAUCCAGAAGGAGCACAAGGAGGUGGCUAACGGGAAGAAGGAGUACAACCCGUUUGAGCAGGAAGAGGAGGGUGGGGAGGAAGAGCAGGGGCAGGCCGAGGGCGCCACUGGCAACCCUUUCGAAGUGAAGGAGGAAAACAAUAAAGGUAACCCUUUUAAAGAGGCUUCUGGGUGUACCCUGCCGGGAGCGUCGACCAAUCCCUUCGAGGGGGAGGAUGAGGAGGCGAUGCCAGACGUUGACGUGAUCGAGGAGGAGUUGCUGCUGCAGCAGAUCGAUAACAUACGGGCAUACAUAUUUGACGCCAAGCUCAACGGGAGGCUAGACGAGGUGGAGCUGCUGUCAGAGAACCUGAGAGAGCUGCAGCGCACGCUGCAGAAACAGAAGAGCAAGACACACUGACGGAGACACCUCCUCCUCCCUGUCUCUAUUUCUCUCAUAUCCACAUGCCAUCACCUGAUACUUACAACAGGGCUGCCCACCCAGAGCUAGAAGGCUACUCCUGAGACUCUACGGUAGUUCCCUUUAAAUGACCAAUGAUCUCGUUGAUACUGGGUUGGGUUAGGCCAGUUGUGUUAGGUGGGUUAAAACUUUUUGUGAUGAAACCACCCCGCACCACCCUUGGUGAGUAGCCCUCUAGAGCCAGGGUCCAGAGGUGCAUCUCAAUAUAGUCUCCUUUUCUUAAUCUGCACUGAUGUGAAUGAACUGCACAGGUGAUAUAAUUAUUUAUUUGCCGAUCCUGAUCGCCCUACCAAGUAAGUGCAGGUCAAGGAGAGGAGACAAGGAGAGGAAGCAUCUCCAGACUUGAGGCCCUUCUCAGGGUUUGGCAGCCUAGCCACUAAAAUGAUGUCGACCACAAGAUGCAUUUAGGUUAUGUGUUGAUUUACCCACUCUCUCCUACUUACUAAUAACACUCACACUAGAAAGGUGUCUUUUAGGAACCCAGGGCUGCUGUUUUUAUUAUAUUUGUAUGGUAAGUAGAAGCACAAGGGCAGAGUAUCAUCACUUACAGACAGUUGUCCAUAGUCAUCCACAGGAGAGAGGAAACAAGGGGUCACAAGGUUAGAGAAAGGUUAUUUGGGUACCAGAGGCCAGACAUCGAUCUGUAGUCCUGCUUCUCAAUAGAUAUCUUAUGUAGAAUCAGGGUUGCAUUCAAGAUUACAUUUACAUUUUAGUCAUUUAGCAGACGCUCUUAUCCAGAGCGACUUACAGUUAGUGAGUGCAUGCA